AUGACCACCCCGGCUCCGGGCAGCGGGGCCGGGAGGGAGCGGCUGCGGAAGAGCUUUGGCACUGGUGCUGCGAGACUUGCUCGCCCUGGGGCCAAGUCUCCUGGGGAGAAGUCCCGCUAUGAAACCUCGCUGAACCUCACUACCAAGCGCUUCCUGGAGCUGCUGAGCCAGUCGCCUGACGGCGUGGUGGACCUCAACUGGGCAGCUGAGGUCCUGAAGGUGCAGAAAAGGCGCAUCUACGACAUCACCAACGUCCUGGAGGGCAUCCAGCUCAUCACCAAGAAGUCCAAGAACAACAUCCAGUGGCUACUUGGUGUGGAAUGGGGUCUGGCUGGGAUGGAGAAGCUCAGAGCGGUGUCAUCGGAGCAUCUGCUUGGGGAUCGAGUGGUGGCUCCCUGUUCACGGACGAGCGCGCUGCCCGGCAAGUGCCCGGCGGAGGAGGUGAGCCUCUCGCCGCUGGCCUCCAUGGACGCCCUCCUGGAGCAGAGCAGGGAGGACUUCUCGGGUUUCUUGGCGGACGAGUUCAUCAACCUGUCGCCGCAGCAGAGCCAGGACUACCACUUCGGCCUGGAGGAGGGCGAGGGCAUCAGCGAGCUCUUCGACUGCGACUUCGGGGACUUCACGCCCUUGGACUUCUGA